UACAAGCUACAGCGUUGAUGUGACUGAUGUCAGCUACAACAUUUGGGCAGAAAACGUUUUCUGCUAAAGCUCCUGACAAAGGAAGUUUUCCUUUAGAUCAUGAAGGUGAAUGCAAGAAGCAUAUGUUGAAAUAUCUACUUUGCUUGAGACAAAAUAAUAAUAACAACACACCUUGUAGGUUGUUCGCCAAGGAUUAUCUUCAGUGUCGAAUGGAUAAGCAGCUUAUGACUAAAGAAGACUUAACGAAGCUUGGAUUUUCUGAUGUGGAGAAGCAUUCUGAUAAAGAAUAAUAGUAAAAUAUUGAAAAUUUUAACAAUUAGAAGAGAGUGAAGAUAAAAUGUCAAUAAAAGAAGAACUUGACUUAGUUGAGACGACUGUAUAUAAAGACGAAGAAGACAAUGGCUGUUCUAGUACAGGCCUUUCUCACCAGGAGGCUCUGGCUAAAGUUGAAGUAGGUAUAUCUGAACUAAUAAAGAAUGAUCCACUUCUUAAAUUUCUACCAGAAGAUGUGACACUUGAAGAACUAACUUCCCAGAUUGCUCUGGAGCAUGGUGGUGCCAUGACAGUGGUAGUGCAGAGGAAAGAUGGUGAGGAAUAUCCUGUUGUGGUAGAACAAAAAGCCACUGUGGGAAAUUUGAAGAAGGCAUUACAGAGACAUGUAACAUUGAAGCAGAAAAGAGAGAGCAUAAGUCGAACACUUAGUUGGAGAUACGUUUGGAAAACCUACUGGUUAUAUUUCAAUGGCCAGAAGCUGACCCAAGAUACUAAACUUUUAAAGGAAUACGGUAUAACUAACAACUCGAUGGUUACUUUCAUCAAACGCCUGCGAGUUUCGUAGUGAAAGUGCCUUGAAGUUAAAGACGUUUGAGAAGUAAACUUCGUGUUUUAAUUUACGUACUGUAUUGAGCUCUCUCUCUCUGUACCAAAGAAUUGAAAAUAAAUCCCUUGUGAAUUUUUUUCA